AUGAGAAACCUCACCGAAGUUUGCAUAUCACUGAGCAAAAAUGAUACAUUUGCAGAUGAGCGAAUGUCGCUGGUUGCACUGGACGAGGAAGCGGCAACGGCUCAUGCGUCCGGAUAUAAUCGUAUGCCUCCCGAAUGGGUCAAUUAUCUGGAUGAAGCACAAUACGAACUUACAAGAAUCCGUUCUCGAUUGAAACAGAUCCGGGAGAUGCAGCAAAAUUUCAUGUCGAAGCCGAGUUUUGUUGAGGAUUUGGAUGCGCAGAAAGCGAUGGAUACAAGUACUAGUGAGUACACACAGCAGUGGCACUUACGUGCCAAUGUGCUUUCAACGUUGCGGUUGAUACUUAGCAAUUUGGCCGGGGAUUUUCGAACGAGUCAAGCGAAAUUCCUGAAACAGAUUGAGGCACGCAAAGAAACCGUCAACUCGUAUCUGCUUGCUUCGAGUGAUUGGGUGAACACCGAAGUGCUCGACGACGCACCGGUGGAUGAAUCAAGUGAUGGUCUCACAAUGGAACAAAUACAGCUGCUACUGCAAAAUGCAGAUAUGGUGAAGGAACGUGAACGAGACGUGAUGAGCGUGAGCAAAUCGAUUGUUGAGCUAAAUUCGUUGUUCAAGGACCUCGCUUCAAUGGUUGUCGAUCAGGGUACAGUACUGGAUCGAAUUGAUUAUAACGUGGAACAGGCAACACUCAGGGUUAAAUCGGCUUUGACAAGCGUGCAACGUGCUGAGAAAUAUCAGCGAGGCGACAGAAAAAUGUAUUGUAUUGUUAUUUUAUCCAUAUCAAUUAUAGUUCUACUUAUUCUUUUGAUCAUCGUUAAAACAUGA